UAUUCAAUUCCACGAAAUCUGAUAAAGCUCCUGAAAGCACUCAAAGUCAACAAUAUCAUGACAAGCUGACAUUUGACAUUUAACGUCCAGCUGUGAUGGCAGAAACGAAUGAGGGGACGGUUUGUCCCAUUCAAACUUUUGUGUUUUUAGAUAUUGAGACUACCGGCUUGCCUGACUAUAAUUUCGGGAAGGCAAACAUCACCGAAUUGGCGAUGUGGACAUUGUCCCGGGAGGACUUACGCAAAACCACAGAGGUACCUCGCUUGCUGGGCAAAUGGACAACCGUUUUUAAUCCAGGGAUGAUGAUUCACCCAGAAUCAAGUAGAAUAACCGGACUAUAUAAUGAAAUGUUGGAACAUCAUGCAAAAUUCGAUGAUGAUGCAGCUACAGCGAUUUUGUCUUACCUGAAGCGGUAUCCGAAACCAAUUUGCCUUAUCGCACACAACGGAAAUGGCUUUGAUUUUCCUAUCAUUAAGCAAUCGUUCGAAAAGGUUAAGAAAGAAAUCCCGGACUUUCUAUUGUGUGUAGAUUCGUUAGACAUUCUCAGGGAACUUGAUUCUAUAGCCGAGUCCAUGCUUCUAGACUUUUUGUCAAAUCCGGAGAUAUCUGAAGGACUGCCUUCCCAAACGGCACAGGAGAUAUCUGAAACUAAUAUUUCAAACAAAGAAAAUUCAGUUGCAGGCCCAACAAAAAGUGAUCUAAGCGUGGACGAUCAAAAUGAACUUUUCGAUGAAAAGAAUACAAAAAUCUUAGAACGUCAGAGAGUGAAUGAAACCACACCGCGACGAAGUAUUCAAGAGAAGUAUGUAAAAAAAUUUACACAACCAAUUGAAAAGAACACUCAGGGGCAGACUGAUGGUAACGUGAAACCCAGCAAAGCACGUAAGGAACUGUUUCCGCCAGUACAGGUCGCAACUGGUCGGGUCGGAAAACUGCCAAGAAAGUCAUUUAAAUUGGUUGAUAUAUAUGAGAGGAUUUACGACCAUAAGCCAAUUUCUGCACAUGCUGCAGAGGCUGAUGUCGAAACGUUAUUCAAAAUAGCACGGAAUUAUGGUGUUGAGUUUGUAAAGCUUGCAGAGCGAGAUGCCAUUCCAUUUGCGCAAUUCAAAAAGCCGGUUAAGAAAUAGUGCACAUUUUAUCUAUAUUAUAUAUGACUUUAUUAUAAUGAAAUAUAUUUUACUAUCAAAGAUUUUUUUAAAAGUUA